AUGACAAUAGAUGACCUCCACAUGGCCUAUGAAAACAGUACGAUGCGUUGUGACUACACUAAGAAUAUAAAGAGACUUUAUCAAGGAUCAGUCGAUUCACCAACGUUAAUGAUCGUUACCAUGGAUACCAAAUUUGCGGGCAGCAGGGUCACACACAAGGGAUUCAAACUUCAUUUUGAAAAAGAAAAAGAAGUUUGUAGGGACAAUCUGUGUCAGUACGGCGUGUGUGUUCCCUCCCAGACCAGGGCUUGUCAGUACAAGUGUGUGUGUCAGCCCGGGUACACAGGGGACAACUGUGACCAAGUUAUAGAUGAUGCUCAACUUAAAUGUACUUUUGAGAGGUUUGAGAAGUGUUUCUUCAGUAAUAUCCAGGAGGGUGAUGACUUUGAAUGGGGUAUUGGUUUUAAACAUAGUUUGUCCACGAGCACGGGGCCGGAGGAGGCCUACAGGGGGCAUAGAUUUUUAUUUGCUGAAAUGUCUUUACCCAGGAAACCCGGGGAUAAGGCCAUUUACAAAACAAAAAUAUCCUUACCAGAGAAGAGCGGUUGUCUUUCUUUUGCGUACAACAUGUUUGGAAGAAACGUCUACAAGCUGUCGCUAUUUUCCGAGGGAACAAACGCAGCUAAGACCUCACUGUGGACCAAAGAAGGAAACCAAGGAUCUGAUUGGCUGACGGCGAAAGUUAAUGUUCCGGCAACAGCAGGACUAAAACUGUCAUUUGAGGCCAUUACAGGAGAUGCGUGGGAUAGUGACGUAGCGCUAGAUGAGAUCACGUGGGAGGUGGGCCAGUGUGACAUGAACACUAAAAAAGAAUGUAUUGAACCGGGAAAGGAGUAUGAGGGUACACGUGCCUACACAAAAGGCGGGAUCACGUGUCAAGCCUGGGCUGCUAACGAACCACACUCAAUAACGUCAAAGUACGCUUACCUGGCUGACCAGUCUAACUUCUGUCGGAUCGCUGACGAGCCUGAACCCUGGUGCUACACGACCUCUGAAUCAACGAGAUGGGACUGGUGUGAUGUCCCAUACUGCGCUUCAACUGAGUGUGCCUACACACCAAACCAAGCGGACUACAGCGGGACGGUCAGCCAUACUAAGACCGGCAUCCCCUGUCAGAGGUGGGACUCUCAGACUCCACACACCCACUCCUAUAACAACCUGGUGAAGGACGAGAACUACUGUAGGAACACGGACAACAGCGCAGGCGCCUGGUGCUACACACAGGAUCCCGACACUCGGUGGGAGCUGUGUGAUGUACAGCAAUGUGAGAAAAUUCAACGUGACUGUAUUAUGACAGGAAUUGGUUUAGAUUAUGCUGGAACUAUUUCUAAAUCGGCUUCUGGGAAAACUUGUCUAAACUGGCCAGAUGAUUCAAUGAAAGAAAACGUCAAUUACUGCAGGAACCCUGAUAUGUCAUCUAAGCCAUGGUGUUACGUUCAGGGAGAAAGUGGUCCAACAAAGGAAGACUGUGCAAUAAAAUCCUGUGCGGAUUCUCCCUGUUUUCCUAAUCCGUGUAAAAACAGAGGUAGUUGUGAGGUGGAUGGAACGUCCUAUAAAUGCACAUGUCUGGAGGGAUUUAAAGGAAAUAAUUGUGAAACAGAGGAUCAAGUGGAGGAGGCCGAUUGUAAAAGAACAACCACGGGUUGGGAAUAUCGGGGGAAGAUCAACGUCACAAAAUCGGGGAGGACAUGCCAGGCAUGGGCGUCAGACACUCCCCAUUCACAUUCUGUGGGAAAGGACUUACCCGAGAAUUAUUGUAGGAAUCCUGACAGCGAACCAGCCCCAUGGUGCUACACCAUGGAUACUGAUAAACGUUAUGAGACCUGCAGUGUUCCAGAUUGUGUGACUCCAGCUCUAGAAUGCCUACCCAACUCGGAUCCCAAAGGAGAACGCUACUACGGAACACAUAACGUGGCGGAUACCGGAGACCUCUGUCAAGCUUGGAGUAGCCAGACCCCCAACACACAUAAAUAUACUUAUCUCAGCGACCAAUCCAACUACUGCAGGAACCCGGAUGGAGAGCCCGCCCCCUGGUGUUAUACCGUCAACCCUAAAGUUCGGUGGAGAACCUGUAAUAUUCCUCACU